AUGGAGGGAAAACAAUUCAAUGUGAGACCAACAUAUUCAUUUCUUUUUGUGUUUUUGCUAGGCUUCAAACCACUUGUUACAGAGGCACAAUCACCCAACUAUGCGGGAGAUGACUGCAAUUCCACCACCCCAAAAUCUCUAAGUAAUGCAUACAAAACCAACCUUAACAAUGUCCUCUCAUGGCUAUCCUUAGAUGCAGCAACAAGCAAAGGCUACAACCAUAACAGCUUUGGCAACAACACCCCUGGUGCAGAUGCUGUUGUGUAUGGCCUCUAUGAUUGCCGUGGUGAUGUUGUUGGAUACUUUUGUCAGUUCUGCGUGUCCACUGCUUCCAGAGAAAUUCUUCAGCGCUGCCUUAAUAGGGUAUCUGCUAUUAUAUGGUAUGAUUUCUGCAUCAUAAGGUACUCUAAUGAGAACUUCUUUGGGAAUGUUACAGUAGACCCAUCAUGGAAUCGUGUAGGACCAAAAAAUGUCUCCAGUGCGGAAGAGAUUCGGAAGGGUGAGGGUUUUAUGAGAAGUUUGAUCAGAAAAGCAACUGUGGAGACCAACCAGUUGUACUACAUGGAUGGCUUCAAUUUGAGUUCCACUCAGAGAAGGUAUGGCUUGGUUCAGUGCAGUAGAGAUCUCACAAGUGAUGGAUGCAGAGAGUGUUUGGAGGCCAUGUUAGCAAAAGUUCCCAAAUGUUGUGAACGUAAUUUGGGCUGGCAAGUUUCCACUGCAAGUUGUCUCAUAAAGUAUGAUGACUAUAUUUUCUACCUUUUUCGCAGUCCAGCAUCUUCAGUUUCUGUGCCUGAUACACACAUAGUGUUUAUUGCUUCUGGUUCAGGAAAAGAACUAGAAGAGGAAGAGGUAAUUUUCUCUGGGCGUAGUAUACCUGAUACAAUUCGUCUAUCAUCAUAUCACAAUGUUCAAACUGAGGAAACACUGAACCCGGACCUGCUUACAAUACCAUUAACCACAAUUCUUAAGAGUACUGAUAACUUUUCAGAAGCAUCUAAGCUAGGGGAAGGUGGAUUUGGCCCCGUCUACAAGGGAAUUCUGCAGGAUGGAAGACAAAUUGCAGUCAAACGACUCUCACAAUCUUCUGGUCAAGGGUCAGAAGAGUUCAAGAAUGAAGUAAUGCUCAUAGCUAAAUUGCAACAUCGCAACCUUGUCAGACUUCUGGCAUGCUGCUUGGAGGACAAUGAAAAGAUACUUGUAUAUGAGUAUAUGUCGAAUGCAAGUCUCAACUUUCACCUGUUUGAUGAAAGAAAGAAAAGGCAACUCGAUUGGAAACUAAGAUUAAGCAUUAUCAAUGGCAUAGCAAAAGAUUUUGGGUUGGCAAGGUCAUUUGAGAAAGGCCAGAACCAAGCAAAUACAAGACGAGUAAUGGGCACCUUUGGAUACAUGGCUCCAGAGUACGCUAUGGAAGGAUUGUUUUCAGUGAAAUCUGAUGUUUUCAGUUAUGGAGUUCUUGUUCUUGAAAUCAUUUGUGGGAAAAAGAACAGUGGAUUCUAUCUAUCAGAAGAAUGUGGUGAAAGCUUGGAAAAUUUGGUGUGCAGGAAAAUGUUUGGAACUAAUGGAUCCAGUGCUGGAAGAAUCUUGUGUAGAGAGUGA